AUUGUUUCUUGCCAUGAACAUGAAGACGCAAGUCGCGGAUUAUGGCAGAGGACUGCAUCUGUAUUGAUUUGCUGAAAGCCUAACCUUCCCUUUUGUCCCAAAAAAGACAAAAAACACUUACUUCCCAGCCGCGGAUUAAACCCACAAGGCCCACAACUAAGCUCACGAGUAACUAAAAAAUUUCAAAUCACUAUUUUGAUAAGCAAUUUGGAGUAGAAUUGGGGAAGUAAAAAUUCUCUCACCCUGUAUAUGCAAAUAAUAUCUCCAAUUGCACAUUUGAAAAUAAAUAAAUAAAUAAAAGCCCCACCUCUCUAACAGCCAAGCAUAAAAGGACUUCCACACUCUUGGAAGUCAGGGCCCAUGGCGCUUUCCCUAUCCCACUCUCUACUGUAGUCCUCCGUCAGCCCUCCUCUCUGCAAUAGCCUCCCCUUCUUAUUCUUCUUUCACUGCGAAGCAGUAACCGUCUUUUCGAUUCCGCGGCCAAGGGGUGUAAGAAGGUAGAUUUCUAUUCCGAUUCCCUCUGCUCCGCCAUGCAUGGACCAACCUCAAAGUCUGUCUCUCCAGUGAUAUUUGGGAUAUUGGGAAAUUAUUAGUUGGAUUGCACAUUCAUAUACUUCUGCUCUUCUGUCGCUGUUGCCUUUGUUUCAGAGUUCCAUUUCCACACUUGGCAAUUGUAUCAAGGUACUCGCACCUGCCUUUAAAUAUCUUUGCAAAGAAAGAAAACAUACUGAACAAGGAGGGCAAAUAGUAAGUGAAAAAGGGAUGUUCCUGCUUCUUGUUUUAGUUUGGAAUCCAUUGUGAUUCUCUACAGCGCAUGUGUUGGAAUCUUUGGCCCUCAAGCAUUGCAAUCCUAGUGAUUGUUGUGGAGUUGGUGAAGGGAUCACAAUUUUAUUUUUUUAUUUUUUUAAAGAAAGUCCAAGAAAAUGGCAAAAAUGGUUGUGAAAUCCAUUGCUUCAAAGCGAUCAAUAUCAACUUUGAGUCAUCUUUGCGACAGAAUUAAGCAAACAGAAAAUGAAAUAGUCCAAAUGUUCCGGCUACCCGUUCUGAAGGAUGAGAAGCAAAACUUGCCCAUUAAUUCAAAAAUUUCAAGGAAGGGCACUUCAGUUCGGAUAUUGGAUGAGAGAUUCAUAAGGAUUCUGAAGAUAUUCAAGUGGGGACCUGAUGCUGAAAAGGCACUAGAAGUGCUAAAGUUGAAAGUUGAUCAUCGGUUGGUUCGUGAUGUUCUGAAGAUAGAUGUGGAGAUUAAUGUGAAAAUCCAGUUUUUCAAAUGGGUUGGGAAAAGGAGAAAUUUUGAGCAUGACUCCACUACGUACAUGGCUUUAAUCCAUUGCUUGGAUGAAGCUAGAUUGUAUGGUGAAAUGUGGAAGACAAUCCAAGAUAUGGCGAGGAGUACAUGCAUGACCAGUCCUGCUGAUUUAUCUGAAAUUGUUAAAAUAUUAGGCAAUGCCAAGAUGGUAAACAAGGCACUAUCCGUGUUUUACCAGAUAAAAGGUCACAAAUGCAAACCAACGGCAAGCACUUAUAACUCUAUGAUUUUGAUGUUGAUGCGAGGAGGUCACCAUGAGAAGGUCCAUGAGCUUUACAAUGAGAUGUGUAAUGAAGGCAGCUGUUUUCCAGACACUAUAACAUAUACUGCACUUAUUUCAGCUUUUGGGAAAUUGGGUCGAGAUGAUUAUGCAAUAAGGUUGUUUGAUGAGAUGAAAGAUAAUGGCUUGUAUCCCACUGCAAAGAUUUAUACAACCUUGUUGGGAAUUUACUUCAAAUUAGAUAAGGUUGAGAAAGCCUUGGAUUUGAUCCGGGAGAUGAAAAGUAAGGGCUGUACUCCUACUGUAUUUACUUAUACAGAGUGGAUUAAGGGGCUUGGAAAAGCUGGGAAGGCUGAUGAUGCUUAUAGUGUGUUCUUGGAUAUGUUAAAAGAAGGCUGCAAGCCUGAUGUUGUUCUUAUUAACAAUUUGAUUAACAUUCUGGGAAAAGCAGGUCGUUUGGAAGAUGCACUUAGGCUUUUUAACCAAAUGGGAGCUUGGCAGUGUAAACCAACUGUGGUAACUUAUAAUAUUGUAAUCAAGGCUUUAUUUGAAUGCAAAGCUCCAGCUUCUGAGGCUGUAUCAUGGUUUGAGAAAAUGCAAGCAAAUGGUGUUACUCCUAGCUCAUUUACUUACUCAAUUCUUAUUGAUGGCUUUUGCAAAACAAAUAGAGUUGAAAAAGCGUUGUUGCUUUUGGAAGAGAUGGAUGAAAAGGGUUUUCCUCCUUGUCCAGCGGCCUAUUGCAGUCUGAUCAACAGUCUUGGGAAUGCAAAACGAUAUGAAGCUGCAAAUGAGUUAUUUCUAGAGUUGAAAGAGAAUUUUGGAUGUACAAAUGCUCGUGUAUAUGCAGUAAUGAUCAAACAUUUUGGGAAGUGUGGUCGUCUUAAUGAUGCUGAGGUUCUCUUUAAGGAAAUGAAGAAACUUGGAUGCAAACCAGAUGUGUAUGCAUACAAUGCGCUCAUGUCAGGUCUGGUAAGAGCUGGCAUGAUUGAUCAAGCUCAUUCCUGGCUUAGAACCAUGGAAGAAAACGGAUGCUCUCCAGACAUAAACUCCCAUAACAUUAUUCUAAAUGGCUUGGCUAGGACAGGUGGCACCAACCGCGUAAUUGAAAUGUUCACAAAGAUGAAACAUUCUAUUACUAAGCCAGAUUCAGUUUCUUACAACACUGUUCUUGGCUGUCUGAGCCGCGCUGGUAUGUUCGAGGAAGCAGCAAAGCUGAUGAAAGAGAUGAAUUCAAAAGGAUUUGAAUAUGAUCAUAUCACUUAUUCAUCAAUUCUUGAGGCACUUGGUAAGGUUGAUGAAGAUCAUGCAUCGACUGUUUUCUGAAAGGGACCUGGUGUUGUCAAAUUAGUUCCCUGAGGCCCACCUGCAAGGUAUGGUGCACAUACCGUGAUGAAAAUUAAUAGGCCUUUGCAAAUCCAGCAGCAGCAUCAAACACUGGCUUAUUUUGAUGCCUAAUGUGUUAAAGAGACCCAUAAACUGCAAUAAUAAUGAUCGACAUUCUUUUUAGCAGCCAAGCUCCUACAGGAAUGUUCAAAUAUGAAGCCGCAAGAACUUUGGUAGAAGCAAAGUUGAAGGGGCACAGGACUUCCUCUUUUUUUCCCUACUAAGAAGUGGUAAAGUUUUUCCUAUGUAUGAUUCAAAUGUUGUUGCUAGGCUUCAAUCUUCCCUCAACGAAUAUGAAGUGGGUCAUUUAUCUGAGACAGGCUCUUGUUGGUAGUAGGUACCUUGAUGUGGCAGGCUUGAUGAACACAUGAAACCAAACCUGUAGAACCUUUAAUCCUGAAUAUGACCGGAAAAAGAGAAAUCUAGCUCUGCAAGAUUGAUGUCAUGGCUUCUUCCAACUUCAAAAGUGAGCCGGAACACCAGAAUGGAAGUCCUAGUUCAGCUUCAUUCCUCAUUAAACCGAACGAUUCCGAACGACUACAAAUAAGGAUUGUUGUGCUGCAUUUGAACAGGGAUAAUGUGCCUAUUUAACCAUUUGAGACCCAUCGACCCCCAUCAACGCCAAGGGAUUAAGUUGAUAUCAGUGUGAAAAUCUAUCAUGAGAAACUAACAUUAAAAGUUGCAAUGUUUGUCAAGUAAAUUGCAUAAAGUGAAGCAGAAACACAUACAACAAAUGCAAUGUAGCAUACCUUCCUAUUUGGUUAUAGCUUUUACUUGUUGGUAGGUAAUUGAAAAUCCUGAAAAGCAGUUUUUAUCUGUCA